CAAGUAUUCCCAAGGUUUGUCAAACUUCUAGAACGAGAACAGUCUUUUUCCCGCGAGUAAAUACCUGUUUCCUCGGAGGGUUUCUCUCUAAAACACCUCGAAGACAACAUCGAAGAUUGUACAAGCGUUUUGAAUCAGGUCACUGCCAAGUGCAAGAAAGAAAGAUUGCCAUGAAUCCCCAGAUUGUUCUACUGCUCAUUCUGGUAGCCGUCCCCUGCUCAUCUGCUAUAACUUGUCGAAGCGAUCAGUUUGCUUGUGCAAAUCAACAAAAUUGUAUCUACGCGUCUGGACGCUGCGAUGGGUACACUGACUGUAGAGAUGCAUCAGACGAACAAUGCAGAAAGUGUGCAAACUACGAGUUCACUUGUGCUAAUGGAAAGUGUCUUAGUAAAUGGAGACGUUGCCAUCACGGAGAUGACUGUGGUGAUGGUUCAGAUGAACAGCAGUGUAGUAAGUUUGUUAUCAAAUAGUGCAGUCGCCUUUCCUAUGAGCUGAUGGCUAACUAUUCGAGUUGUGUUGUAGUAAUCAGGUCGAGAUGCAAACAAAUAUUGGGAGCUGUCUCUCCGCCUUCUCUCUUUUUUAAUGAAUCGAA